UUUCCCACAGCAACCGGUUUGUAUACAGUUUAACUGCGCUCAAAUAAUGAAGCCGUUAGAAACGUAGGUUGGCUGAAUUACUAACUGGUUGGCUCUGUAAAUCCCUGUUUGAGAUAAAUCUGUGGUUGACUUCGUCUUUAUUUUAUGUUAAUCUUGCUUUGCCAAUAAAAUGAAGCGGCCCAGGUAUUUUACACCGAGUGAGGUGUCCGUGCACUGCACAGUAGAAGACCUGUGGGUCUCUUACCUUGGGAAAGUUUACAACCUGACGCCUUUAGUCCAAGAACACAAAGGUGAUAUACUUCUGAAACCAAUUAUUGAAUGUGCUGGGAACGACAUCAGUCACUGGUUUGACCCGAAAACAAAAGAUAUUCGUACCCACAUCGAUCCAUUAUCGUGUUGUGUGAAAUACUUCACCCCUAGAGGGCGCUUUUUGCAUGUGCCCCCUCCCUGCCCUAGCACUGAUUGGGCUAAUGAUUUCGGAAGGCCGUGGUGGAGGGACAGCCGCUAUGAGGUGGGCCUGCUUUCUGCCAAGACCCGCUGGAUUCGCAUUAUCAACACCCUCACGUCCCAGGAGCAGAGCCUGGAGGUGUGUUCUGAGGAAACACUAGAUGAGAUCCUGCAGCGAUACCUGCGCUACAACUCCCAUGCGGCCAGCUACACCUGGAAGCAUGACGGUGUCAUUUUAGAUAUUAGUAAGACCCUAGAAGAAAAUGGCAUCCCAGAUGAAGAUGAGGAAUUCUACAAGUGUCGCAUGGAUUGUGACCUCUACACUCAGUCCAUAUGCCUGUACUUCAACGAUGACCUUACUGAACUUUGACCUGAUCGCAAUUUUACAUUAUAUGAACUUCUCAUUAUCCCCAUCAUAUGAUGUAACUGCAUUACAGUAAAGCAUUACAAGAGUG